GAGGUUUGUGUUGCAGCAGCUGUAGCUUCCACUAGCUGCUAAAACGGCUCAUAUUAUUGUUCGCUUUGGCGCCGUCUAAACCAUGAAUAAAGACGGUUUUACAGCGGCACACGGGAAAAGGCCACCAGUUCCCGAUAAAGUCGAUAUGUCCUUGGAUGACAUCAUUCGGUUGAACAGAAGAGAGACACAGCUAAAAAGGAGACACGCCGGCAGCGUCAGCCGCAGACCAUUCAGAAGGAAAGGCCCUUUAAGUGAAGAGAGAGGAGUUUCCCAGAGGACUGGAGCAGGAGGCGCUGCGCCGCCAGGGCUGAUGGCUAGACUAAGAAACAGGAGGCUUCCUCCACCGCUGGGUCGCCGGCGGGGUCAAGGGGUCAUCACAGGCCUGGCAGCCAGGAGGACGUCUGUCCUGCUGAGACGAGCUGGACCCUUCACCAGAGCUGCAGCCGGACAGAGAUCGAGACAGAAAACGAGGCCCUUCCCUCAGCACACAGAGACCCAGUACCGGAGGCCGGAGGUCCAGCAUCAGCCGUACGGGCCGGCCGACCCGCUCCGGGGCCAGAACGCACCGUCUCCCCGGAGACCCUUCCAGCUGCGGCGGCGACCUCCUCCGCCGGUCCAGCAGACCCAGAGGGAAGCUCGCCAGGCCACGUUUCUGUUUCACAGAGGGCUCAAGGUCCAGGCCCAGGUCCAGAAGCCGGGUCCCCGCCCCCCUCCAGUCAAAACACGCCAGUGGCGCCCACCAGCAGCUACGACUGGAAUCUUGACGGUUUCAAUUGACAACCCCACAGCCAGGACUCAGCCAGAGCCUGCCAGCGCCUGGACUCUCCAUCCCCCGGCUCCCAGCGCCGCUCCGGUCGCCAUGGACACCGCGGAGAAGAAGGUCCCGAAGGGAGUCCCUCUGCAGUUCGACAUCAACAGCGUGGGGAAGCCGCAAACCUCCAUGACUCUGAACGAGCGCUUCCGUAUCCUGAAGGACCGCCGCGCCUCGACGGAGCCGGUCGGGAAGGGCAGCAGGUUCGUCACGGUGGCCUAGCCGGUCGCCAUGGAGACGGGGAACCCCAACCUGCUGGGACUCGAGGGUGGG